GGGAGUCCUCAUCACUUGAAUCCUUUUCGACAUUUUGCAUCGCCAUAUUCAUCCAACACUUCCGGCCACCAUGGGAAGAAGCCUUUCGUUGGCUGCUUCGGAUGUUCAAAUUGGGGGUGAAGUGAGCAGGAAUUCGACGUUAGUAUGUGCUCCCAUAGUGAGCGACUCAGUCGAUGAAAUGCUGAUUCAGAUGGGAAAGGCCGAAGAACUCGGCGCUGAUCUUGUGGAGCUCCGUUUAGAUUUCUUGAACAACUUCAAUCCUCCACACCAUCUCCAAACUCUGAUCAAACACUGUCCGUUGCCCACUCUCGUCACUUACAGACCCACAUGGGAAGGAGGAAGGUAUAACGGUGAUGAAAGCCAGCGACAAGCUGCUCUGCGUUUAGCAGUUGAAUUGAGAUCGGAGUUCGUUGACGUUGAGCUUAAGGUAGCUCAUGAGUUUCUCAAUUCCAUCGGAGAAAAGAAGCCCGAGAACGUUAAGAUUAUUGUUUCCUCACACAACUACGAGAACACACCGUCCGUGGAGGAAUUGGGCAAUCUGGUCGCAAGAAUACAGGCUUCUGGGUGUGAUGUGGUGAAAAUUGCAACAACCGCCUUGGACAUCGUAGACAAUGCUCGUAUUUUCCAAGUACUUGCCCAAUCUCAGGUAUCCAUGAUAGGGAUUGCGAUGGGGGAGAAGGGUCUCAUGUCAAGGAUUCUGUCGGCAAAGUUCGGAGGAUUUCUGACAUUUGGUUCGGUUGAGAGUGGAGCCGAAUCGGCCCCUGGACAGCCAACUGUCAAAGACUUGUUGGAGCUGUAUAACUUCAGAAACAUUGGAGCUGACACUAAAGUGCAUGGUGUUAUUGGAAACCCCAUCGGUCACAGCAAAAGUCCUCAUAUUUAUAAUCCAGCUUUCAAGUCAGUCGGAUUUAAUGGCAUUUACUUGCCUUUGUUGGUCGACAGCGUCUCCAAUUUCCUCAACGCUUACUCUUCCCCUGAUUUUGUCGGAUACAGUUACACGAUCCCCCACAAGGUGGAUGGACUCAGAUGCUGUGAUGAGGUCGACCCUGUUGCCAAGGCAAUAGGGGCUAUUAGUUGUAUGAUCAAGAAGCCAGACGGGAAACUAAUGGGUUACAAUGUUGACUAUGUUGGAGCCAUUACAGCUAUCGAAGAAGGGCUGCGAGAAUUAAACGGCUGGUCAGGGAGAAGUGGGUCGCCUUUAGCUGGGAAACUGUUCGUGGUCAUGGGAGCCGGCGGGGCAGGAAAGGCACUGGCUUAUGGUGCAAAAGAAAAGGGAGCUAGAGUGGUUGUGGCCAAUCGUAAUUAUGAGAAAGCCAGGGAACUUGCACGUAAUGUUGGGGGAGAUGCUGUUCGUCUUUCGGAUCUCAAGGAUUUCCACCCUGAAGAAGCCAUGAUUCUGGCAAAUACUACAUCUGUGGGAAUGAAACCCAACAUCCAUCUCACACCCAUACCAAAGGAAGCCCUGAAACACUACUCGCUGGUGUUUGAUGCCAUUUACACACCCAAACUGACCAGACUCCUUCGAGAAUCUCAAGAAACCGGAGCUGCCAUCGUCUACGGUACAGAAAUGUUCAUCAACCAAGCAUUCGUCCAGUUCCAGAACUUCACCGGUUUACCAGCACCAAAGCAAUUCAUUAGGGAUUUGCUGGAAAGGAAUACAUGAGAAACGCAUCUUUGGUCCUAUUUAUUAAAGCAUUUCCCAAAAUUUUCACAUUUACUUGAUCUUCUGUCGAAAAUCUGCACAAGUUACCUAAUGGCCCAAACAUUAUGUCCGUGCUUAUUAGGCUUCAUGUCGGAAAUUACUAAACAAACAACAAUUUGGAUGCUUACAUUGCAUUCGCAUUCUCCGCUCUCUUGAAAAUUUCUUCAGUUCUUGCUUCCGCCUCUCUCUCAUGUCUUUUGCUACAUUUCUCUCGUAAAUGGCAUCUGUCUUUCCUCCUUCUUA